GGCACCCUCCACACCACACCCAUGGCCUGCAACAGCCUCUGCCGUCCCUGCGGACCCACCCCGCUGGCCAACAGCUGCAACGAGCCCUGUGCCCUGCAAUGCCAGGAUUCCCGAGUUGUUAUCCAGCCUUCUCCCGUUCUGGUCACCCUGCCAGGACCCAUCAUGACCUCCUUCCCCCAGAACACCGCCGUCGGAUCCACCUCCUCGGCUGCCGUGGGCACUGAGCUCAGUGUGCAGGGACAGCCCAUCUCUGGUGGCUUUGGUGGCUUUGGCUCCGGUCUUGGCUAUGGCCGUGGAUUUGCCUAUGGGCUGGGAGGCCUGGGCUGCUAUGGCAGAAGGGGCUAUGGCUACAUCUGCUAAGGGCCCUCAGCACCACUCCUGACACCAACCACCCACUCCCUGGAACUCAUCUCAGGCAUUGAGGACACACAUUCCUCUGGGCCAAGGCUCUCAAACUGGCUCAGCAAUUCCGGUUCCAUUGUUGCCUUAAGGCAUCAUCUGCUCUCAGGGCAAGGCAGCAGCCAAGGGAGUCAGUCUG